GUAACUUCUCAGCCAAUGUCCACCUCAUAACAUAGGCUUAUCUCCUUCUGUUCCUCCCUCUCCCACGAAUCAAAAGACUCCAUUUUUUCCUUUCUCUUUUGAAAAACUUCCAAUUGGAUUGAAGCAGCAUACGUGUUCAUCGCGAGCGAGAGGGAGAGAGGCCAUGGAAGGGCUGAAGCUGCCUUCGUCUGUGCCCGGCACGUCAAGCUUGUUCCCCAAAUUCGCCUUCCCCGUCCGACCCACGACUCGUACGGUCCAUUCGACUGGCCUCAUUAGAAGAUCUCUUGCCAUUUCGCCUUGUAUAAUAUCGUGUAAAUACUUUGAUCUAAAGGGAGCGCAUGAUUCACAUAUUAAAAGAAAAGCAUCUGUGCAGCCAGUAAUGGAGGAAUCAAUAGAGGAGAAACCCAAUGAUCUUUCAGUCAGUGGGGAUUCUAUACGCCGUCGAUUUCUUGAUUUUUAUGCUUCACGUGGUCACAAAGUACUUCCAAGUGCCUCUCUGGUGCCGGACGAUCCCACGGUGCUAUUGACUAUUGCCGGAAUGCUUCAAUUUAAGCCUAUAUUCCUUGGAAAGGUUCCCAGACAAGUGCCAUGUGCUGCAACUGCUCAAAGGUGCAUACGCACAAAUGACGUGGAAAAUGUGGGUAGAACAACUCGGCAUCAUACUUUCUUUGAGAUGCUUGGAAACUUCAGUUUCGGUGAUUACUUUAAGAAGGAAGCGAUUAAGUGGGCAUGGGAGCUUUCUACAGCAGAGUUAGGAUUGCCAGCUGAGAGAUUGUGGAUCAGUGUUUUUGAAGACGAUGAUGAAGCCUUUGAUAUAUGGCAUAAAGAGGUAGGCGUUCCUGCUGAUCAUAUAAAGAGAAUGGGCGAAGACGACAACUUUUGGACCAGUGGAGUAACUGGCCCCUGUGGUCCUUGCUCUGAGAUUUACUAUGAUUUUCAUCCUGAGAGAGGAAAUUUGGAUGCGGAUCUUGGAGAUGAUAGUCGGUUUAUAGAAUUCUAUAACUUGGUAUUCAUGCAAUACAACAAAAGAGAUGACGGGUCACUUGAACCGUUAAAGCAGAAGAACAUAGACACUGGAAUGGGAUUGGAGCGGGUUGCUCGCAUUCUUCAGAGGGUUCCCAGCAAUUAUGAGACAGACUUGAUUUAUCCUAUAAUUGAGAAGGCAUCAGAAUUGGCUAAUAUUUCAUAUGGCCUUGCGGAUGAUCCAACAAAAUCGAAGCUCAAAAUUAUAGGGGACCAUAUGCGGGCAAUUGUAUAUCUCAUCUCGGAUGGAGUGAUCCCAUCGAACAUUGGAAGAGGAUAUGUAGUUAGGCGUCUUAUUCGGAGGGUUGUACGUACUGGCAGGUUACUAGAUAUAAGGGGUGAUGGCAGAGAAAAUCUUGAAGGAGCAUUUUUGCCAGCUAUAGCAGAAAAGGUUAUAGAUUUAGGUACUCACAUUGAUUCAGAGGUGAAGACUAGAGCACCCCGCAUACUCGAGGAGAUAAAAAGGGAAGAAUAUCGUUUUGUCCAGACUUUGGAGAGAGGAGAAGAGCUACUGGAACAAAUGAUAGCUGAUGCAUUAUCAAGUGCUCGUGAAAAGGGUACAGUACCAUGCUUGGCAGGCGAAGAUGCAUUUCUAUUGUCUGACACGUAUGGGUUUCCAGUAGAAAUAACAAUUGAAGUUGCUCAAGAGCACGGUGUUACGGUUGAUAUGAACGCUUUUGAUACUGAAAUGGAGAAACAAAGGCGUCGAUCGCAAGCUGCACACCAUGCCGUUAAACUUGAAGUUGGAGAUGAUGCUGACCUUACAGCUAAUGUUUCUGAUACCGAAUUUUUAGGAUAUGACACACUUUCUGCUAAAGCUGUAAUUAAAAGCCUUUUGGUGAACGGGAAAUCAGUCAUUCAGGUUCCUGAGGGAAGUGAAGUAGAAGUGUUGCUCGAUAAGACUCCAUUCUAUGCAGAAUCUGGUGGUCAAAUUGCAGAUCAUGGUCUAAUUUGUGUUUCUGAUGGUGAGAAUCAACGGAGAACUGUGGUGGAGAUCAGAGAUGUUCAAAAAUCUAUGGGUAGCUUAUUUGUUCAUAAAGGCACUGUAAAGGAGGGAGUUUUAGAAGUUGGCAAAGAGGUGGAAGCUGGAGUGGAUCCAAAACUGAGGCAGCGGGCUAAGGUUCAUCAUACUGCUACUCAUCUACUACAAUCUGCACUUAAAAAGGUGAUAGGCCAGGAAACAUCACAAGCUGGGUCUUUGGUGGCCUUUGACCGUUUGAGGUUUGAUUUUAACUUCCAUCGGCCGCUACUUGACGAUGAGAUCCUGGAGAUCGAAAGACUGAUAAAUGGUUGGAUUGGAGAUGCUGCGGUUCUCCAAACUAGAGUUAUGCCUCUUACAGAAGCAAAAGAGGCCGGCGCUAUUGCGAUGUUUGGAGAGAAGUAUGGUGAAGAGGUACGUGUCGUAGAGGUUCCUGGUGUAUCUAUGGAGCUGUGUGGUGGGACCCAUGUCAGCAACACAGCAGAAAUACGAGGCUUCAAAAUAAUCUCCGAGCAGGGUAUUGCAUCUGGAAUCAGGCGAAUAGAAGCUGUUGCAGGGGAAGCUUUCAUUGAGUAUGUCAAUUCCAGAGAUUACUACAUGAAACAGCUAUGCAACAAUCUCAAGGUGAAAGCUGAAGAGGUCACGACCAGGGUAGACAAUCUGUUAGAGGAGUUGAGAACGGCAAGAAAUGAAGUUUCUUUAUUGCGUUCCAAGGCUGCUGUGUAUAAAGCAUCGACCAUUGCGAGCAAAGCAGUCUUAGUGGGAAGUUCGAAAGAAAUCAGGGUACUAGUGGAGUCUAUGGACGACACUGAUGCUGAUUCACUUAAAAGUGCGGGCAAAUAUUUGAUCAAUAGCCUACAUGAUCCGGCAGCGGUUGUGUUGGGCUCCAGUCCAAGUGAAGGAAAGGUGAGUUUAGUUGCUGCGUUCACUCCAGGAGUUGUCGAACUGGGACUACAAGCUGGGAAGUUUAUCGGGCCCAUAGCUAAAUUGUGCGGUGGAGGAGGAGGUGGGAGGCCCAACUUCGCUCAGGCCGGAGGCAGAAAGCCCGGGAACUUGUCGAGCGCUCUAGAGAAAGCUCGAUCGGAGCUCAUGGCAAUCCUAUCGGAGAAGGGAAGCUGACACGCCCUCUAUAAAAUGUGGAAUUGCUUAGAUUCAAUUACUUGGCUCUCGUAUCUCCUGUUAUCUUAUCACAGAGCGGUCGCGAUUUGCCGAUGCAGCGGAUGGGUUGGGGAUGGAUGUACAGUUUUCACAUGCAUUAAGCAUAGUUUGAACGUCAUUCAUUACAAGUACAAAAAAAGGAGAAAAGUUGUGAGACUUCAGCUUUCAUUCAUCAACCAAUUAUUGAAUAUGAAUUGUGGGUUGUAAACCAAGCAGCAUCCCUAUUGCUAACCGAGAUAAUGGAGUUUAGUUUAAAGGUC